AUGUCGAAGCCAUUUAACCCGGAGGAGGCGCAGAACUUGGAGGAUAUGGAGAAGCAAUUCGCGGUCAAGGCCGUCGAACACCUCAUGACGUACUGGGCCAUCCUCGAAAAGGUCCCCGGCUCGAAGCUCCGGUUGACUAAGAUGGACGACGAGAUCUACGCGCACUUCAAGGAAGAAUUCCCCGACUUCGACCCAGCGGCGACGCUCAUCGAGGAUGAGAUGAAGAGCAAGGCCGGCAAGGAGAAGUGGCGCAACUGGAUGAUGAAGUAUGAGAAGACAAUUCACGACUUCAACUUUGGCACGAUUAUCCGAACGAACCCCAAGUACGAGUACGAUCAGGAUACUACUAUUUUCGGUAAGAUAUUGUUCUUAUGGAUUCCUGACAGAGGGGGGGUAUUAGGUGAGCUGACAUGGGUGGAUAAAGGUGUUCGUAUGCAGUUCUACGCUAUUGAGAUUGCGAGAAACCGCGCUGGCCUAAACGACUGGAUCUACGAGAAGGCGCAGAAGUCUAGCUCGUAA